UCUGCCCUUUGCCUUUAAUCCUUCGCUUUUCUCCUCUGUAAAAUUGGUUGGAUCAUCUCUCUGCCGCCACUCUCCAGCAGUAACUAUAUUCAGUAGUUUCAGAUUCCAACGGGUCUAAUCUAAAUCUCAAGCCGUAAAAAAAAUGGCGAAAUCCACGUUCUCUCUGCGUCACCAUGACUCCCGUCUCCAUUUUAGCUCUUCUUCUGCUGCUUCUUCUUCUUCUUCUUCUUCUUCCUCUUCUUCUUACUUGACCAGACCAAGACGAGCUCUAAUUUCAGUCCAUGACACAACUGAAUCUAUUCCUGAGCAACCCACCAGAGUGAGAGUGAGUAGCUUCAUCAAAUCAUGGGAAUCGAUUGCACCCUUUUCAAAUCUUCUAAAUUUCUGCCGCCCCUUUUUGUUUUCUUGCAUCUUUUCUUCGUUUCCGCAUCUGGGUUUGGAUCAAUGGCGCCUAUUUCUGCUGCAUUUGGCCCCGAUGGAUUCUUCUGCGCCAUUGAUGCCAGCGGCAAACAGGAAGUCAUUUGUUGGGGGAAGAAUAGUUCCUCUCUUUCACUAUCUUCUUCUUCCUCCGCCUCUAUCUUCUCCGUCGACAUUCCGGCCAUGGCCGCUCUCUCCGGCGGCGAGGGGUUUCUUUGCGGCAUUUUAGCAAACACCUCGCAGGCGUAUUGUUGGGGUUCGAUAAAUCCAGGUAUAGAUCUCGUUCCUUUGGUUUUUCGAACCACUGCUUAUUCGCAUAUUGCUGCGGGAAAGAGCCACGUUUGUGCGAUUAGGGGAUCUUAUUAUUCUGACAGUGAUUCGGGUCCUGUAGAUUGUUGGGAUAUCUCGAGAGAUUCAAAUAACAAUACUCUGAGUUCUAAACAGAGUUCUCUGUUCUAUAAUCAAUCAAUUGCCAGCCUUGUCUUCAAAAGGGUAGUUUCCGGCGAAGGAUUUAGCUGCGCCGAGCUUCGAGACGGAGGAAUUCUCUGCUGGGGACCAAACUCCACCAAUCUCGACGUCUCAAACGUUUCCGAAAAUUUCAUAGUUCUAGCCGCCGGAAGCGACGCCGUUUGCGGAAUCUCAGAGUCCUCCGGCGAAGUCAAAUGCUGGGGCAACGCCGAUUCCUUCGCCGGCCUUCCGACAUCCGCCGGCUAUGUGACGUUGACCGCCGGCGCGCGGCAUUUCUGCGGCAUCCGAUUCGAUACCCACGAAAUGAACUGCUGGGGAAGCAUGAACGCCUCUUCGAUCCCUAAAAACACAGGGUUCAUGGCGAUUGCUUCAUCGGACCGCUCAAUCUGCGGCAUUAGAGAAGACAAUCUGGUUCUUGAUUGCUGGUUUUCUCAUUCCCCUGAGGCUCCCCCUGGCUACGAUCCUCCUCUGGAGCUGUGCAGUCCAGGGCUGUGCGCCCCCGGGCCAUGCCGUGAAGGGGAGUUCUCUUUCAAUGCCAGCAUUCUCAAUGAGCCAGAUUUGAGAAGCUUGUGCGUGAGGAAGGAUCUGAACAUUUGUUCGCGCUGUGGAGUGAAUUGCUCUGAUGGGUUCUUCUUAUCUAGCCCUUGUACUCACAAUUCUGAUAGGAUUUGUACUGCUUGCUCUCUUUGCCAGAACAGCUCUUGUUGGGAUAUUUGUGGAGUCCAAUCAUCUCCUCAAACCAAGCAGAAGCAUUGGCAUCAGCUGCGUAGUAUACUGCUGAUUAUAGGUGCUUCUGUUGCUGGAUUGGUUCUGGUUCUACUCGGCUGGUGUCUUCAUCCUCGCGUCAUUGCUUCGAAGAAGGAUGCGACCAAGAAACAGCAUAAGUCCGAGUUAGAAAGUGGUACUGAAACUGAUUCCUGUGCUCCUCUGGCUCCUCUGUGUCCUGGGAUUGCUCAGAUUUUUCGGCUUUCGGAGUUGAAAGAUGCGACGAAUGGGUUCAAGGAGUUUAACGAGCUCGGUAGGGGGAGAUAUGGUUUUGUUUACAAGGCUGUGCUGGCUGAUGGGCAGCAGGUUGCAGUGAAGAGGGCUAAUGCUGCUACCAUUAUUCACACCAACAGUAGGGACUUUGAAAUGGAGUUGGAUAUCCUUUGUAAGAUUAGGCAUUGCAAUAUUGUGAAUCUGUUGGGCUACUGUUCUGAGAUGGGAGAGAGGCUUCUUGUUUAUGAGUACAUGCCCCACGGGACGCUUUACGAUCAUCUCCACGGCGGUCUUUCUCCUUUGAAUUGGACGCUGAGGUUGAAAAUAGCAAUGCAGGCGGCGAGGGGACUUGAGUAUCUGCAUAAGGAACUCAUGCCUCCUGUUGUCCAUCGAAAUGUCAAAACUUCAAACAUUCUUUUGGACUCCCAUUGGGGAGCAAGAAUUGCAGAUUUUGGGCUUAUUACAUCGAACGACGACGAUAUUAGCGGUGAUUUAACGAGCGAUGUUUAUGACUUUGGUAUUGUGUUGCUGGAGAUCAUCAGUGGAAGGAAGGCUUGUGACAGAGAUUACACACCUUCAAGCAUAGUCGAGUGGGCAGUGCCUUUGAUCAAACAGGGUAAGGCUGCUGCCAUAAUAGAUCGAUACGCCGCUCUGCCAAGAAACGUGGAGCCCCUACUUAAACUUGCUGAUAUAGCUGAGUUGGCUGUAAGAGGAAAUCCGAGCGAGCGACCAAUGAUCUCAGAUAUUGCAUCUUGGUUAGAGCAAAUUGUUAAAGAUGGAUUAAUCUUGUAAUAGUAGUACUUGGUUUUCGGGUUUGAAACAUACGUUUUGAUCGAUGCAACGGAACAUAUUCUUUUACAGCUUAUGCGAGUGCUGUUCUCUGCAACUGUAAAUUAGUUAUUGAGCUUCAGCUUGUACAUGAACACAUACUUCGUCAUUACACUUUCUUUCAAUAAAGGAGUUUCCAUUUCUGAAACUGUCUGC